GCCGGUGGCUGCGGCCAUCAUGGCGCCUCGGAGAAGAUUGCCCAGUGUGGAUACAGUGUCGGGGACCCGGGUCAGCCCGCUCCUGGACAUAUGCCUUUGGUACUUUGCGAAAAAUAUUUCCAGAUACAUCACAGAGGUUAGGCCUUUGCCUCCCAACAUAAAAGAUCGACUGCUUAAAAUAAUGAGCCUAGAGGGGCAGAUAACAGAUUGCAAUAUAAGUGAGAUUCUACAUCCUGAAGCUCAGACUCUGAACAUAGAGGGAUGUGAUAUUUCAGAUACUGCACUCCAGCAUGUGUGUAACUGCAGAAAGUUGAGGACAUUAAACUUAAGUUCCUUUGAGAAAAAGAAAAACACCAUCACUUCUGAAGGAAUCAAAGCGGUGGCGUCAUCCUGUUCGUAUCUGCAGGAGGUUUCUUUGAAAAGGUGCAGCAAUGUCACCGAUGAGGGGGUCCUGGCCUUCGCUCGCCACUGCCGGCUGCUCCGCAUCAUCAAGCUGAGUGGCUGCUGGGGCCUCACCAACGCGGCCUUACAAGCACUGGGCGAGAACUGCCCCCUGCUGCAGUGUAUCGACUUCUCCUUCACACAGGUGUCCGAUGACGGUGUGAUGGCACUCGUGAGUGGGCCCUGUGCCCAGAAACUAGAGGAGAUCAAUAUGGGAUAUUGUGUGAACCUGACAGAUAAGGCCGUCGAAGCUGUCUUAACAUGCUGUCCACAGAUCCAGAUACUUCUCUUUCUUGAGUGCCCCCUGAUGACUGAUCGCUCACGAGAAAUACUGGAACAAUCACUUGGACCAAACAAGCUAAAGCAAGUGAUGUGGACUAUAUAUUGAUGUGGCUGUGACCUACCAGCUCCGGGAACCCAAGGUCUCUAGCCAUUGCCUUGCAGCUGACACUACCCUGUUCUCCUACUGUCUGUUUGAAUUUAGGAUCAGCCUUGGUUGCUGCCUCUGCUCAGCAGCACCAUUCCUUUUGUGUCAAAGCCAUUUCCAGGCAACCCGCAGCCUUCUACCUGUCCUGGGCAAGACAGGUGUGUCUCUUUAAAUAAACCAUUUUCAAUGACUUUGGCUUCGUUGAGGAUUUCCCAUACUACCUAAUAUUUGAACUCUCCUUGGAGAAACUCACUUCAUGGAUAAAUAUUAGAAUUCUAAAUAAAGCAGCUUCUAAAAGCA